AUCCGGCCUCGGGCGCACCCGGGCUGCCUUUCCGGGCCCGCGGCUUCCUCCAGCCCGCCCCGCCCCUCGGCCUCGCGGGGCCGCCCCCGACCCCCACUCGGGCCCGGCCUCGCGGCGGCGGCGACUCGGCAGCGCUCCGCCGCGUCCCCGCGUCCCCGCGUCCCCAGAGCCGGCCGCGGCGCGUGAGCUUUCCAAUUUACUCCAGACUCCCCUGCUGCAAGAAAUCAGACCAUCCGGCUUGUUAGAGCUCUGACCAGUCACCCAAUGGAAGCAGAUCGGCUGACUGUCUGAGAUGCUCAGAUGCCUUGACAGCCAGGUUGGGUGCUUGAACAUUUGUGGAAAGGCCAUUUAUAGAGGCGUCGUCCCUUCUGAGGAGGCUGUGUCCUUAACUCUGAACCUUCAGCGGCUCCCAGUUGCCUUCAGGAUAAACUUCAGACCUUUCAGCCUAUCUCCACGCCUGGCUCCAGCCUCAGCCCUUACUCUCCCCACCAGCUGUUGUCUGGAGUCAAACUGAGCCAAACUGACCUGCGCACAUUCUUGCCCUGGGCUGGCCAACCUUGCCUCUACUUGCCAACUUGCCUCAUCUUCCUUGUAUUUUGUAACAACAUCUUAAUUCUGAAAGGGGGCAGCCUUCCACCACGGAGAGCCCAGCUGUCAGCUGCCUCUCGGGAAGAUGCUGGGUCACUGGGCCAGCGAGGGUGUGGGCGUGCGUGUGCGUUUGGCCACAGUCCUGGCAGCACUGUGGUUCUGCAUCACAGGUGCCGUGGAGGUCCAGGUCCCCGAGGACCCCGUGGUGGCCCUGGUGGGCACCGACGCCACCCUGCGCUGCUCCUUCUCGCCCGAACCCGGCUUCAGCCUGGCGCAGCUCAACCUCAUCUGGCAGCUGACGGACACCAAGCAGCUGGUGCACAGCUUCGCCGAGGGCCGGGACCAGGGCAGCGCCUACGCCAACCGCACGGCGCUCUUCCCGGACCUGCUGGCUCAGGGCAACGCGUCCCUGCGGCUGCAGCGCGUGCGCGUGGCUGAUGAGGGCAGCUUCACCUGCUUCGUGAGCAUCCGGGACUUCGGCAGCGCCGCAGUCAGCCUGCAGGUGGCCGCUCCCUACUCGAAGCCCAGCAUGACCCUGGAGCCCAACAAGGACCUGCGGCCUGGGGACAUGGUGACCAUCACGUGCUCCAGCUACCGGGGCUAUCCGGAGGCCGAGGUGUUCUGGCAGGACGGGCAGGGCGCCCCCUUGACGGGCAACGUGACCACGUCGCAGAUGGCCAACGAGCAGGGCCUGUUCGACGUGCGCAGCGUCCUGAGGGUGGUGCUGGGCGCCAAUGGCACCUACAGCUGCCUGGUGCGCAACCCUGUGCUGCGACAGGACGCUCAUGGCUCCGUCACCAUCACGCCCCAUAGAAGCCCCACAGGUGCCGUGGAGGUCCAGGUCCCCGAGGACCCCGUGGUGGCCCUGGUGGGCACCGACGCCACCCUGCGCUGCUCCUUCUCGCCCGAACCCGGCUUCAGCCUGGCGCAGCUCAACCUCAUCUGGCAGCUGACGGACACCAAGCAGCUGGUGCACAGCUUCGCCGAGGGCCGGGACCAGGGCAGCGCCUACGCCAACCGCACGGCGCUCUUCCCGGACCUGCUGGCUCAGGGCAACGCGUCCCUGCGGCUGCAGCGCGUGCGCGUGGCUGAUGAGGGCAGCUUCACCUGCUUCGUGAGCAUCCGGGACUUCGGCAGCGCCGCAGUCAGCCUGCAGGUGGCCGCUCCCUACUCGAAGCCCAGCAUGACCCUGGAGCCCAACAAGGACCUGCGGCCUGGGGACAUGGUGACCAUCACGUGCUCCAGCUACCGGGGCUAUCCGGAGGCCGAGGUGUUCUGGCAGGACGGGCAGGGCGCCCCCUUGACGGGCAACGUGACCACGUCGCAGAUGGCCAACGAGCAGGGCCUGUUCGACGUGCGCAGCGUCCUGAGGGUGGUGCUGGGCGCCAAUGGCACCUACAGCUGCCUGGUGCGCAACCCUGUGCUGCGACAGGACGCUCAUGGCUCCGUCACCAUCACAGGGCAGCCCAUGACCUUCCCCCCUGAGGCCCUGUGGGUGACCGUGGGGCUGUCUGUCUGUCUGGUCGCACUGCUGGUGGCCCUGGCCUUCGUGUGCUGGAGAAAGAUCAAGCAGAGCUGUGAGGAGGAGAAUGCAGGUGCUGAGGACCAGGAUGGGGAUGGAGAGGGAUCCAAGACCGCCCUGCGGCCUCUGAAACACUCUGAGAACAAAGAAGAUGAUGGACAAGAAAUAGCCUGACCACGAAGACCAGGGAGCUGCUGCUCUGGCCUGGGGGCUCCCACCUCUGGCUGCACCGGGGCCUCAGUGUGAGCCCUGCCCCCAACAGAUGGCUCCCACUCGGGCAGGUCUGCCCAUUCUCCAAAGGACAGAGAGACCACCCCACAGCCUUCUUUCUCCGAUGGACGUGAUUCCCAAGUCUUGCUGCCUUAUUUCUCCAGUGACACGAUACAUAAACCAUCCUGCUGUCUUGUGUCUUAUGGACAUAAUACAGACACCACCCCACCGCCUUAUUUCUCCAGUGGAUAUGCUGCAUGGACCAUCUGGCUGCCUCUUUUUUCUCCGCAGGACACAAUAUUCAGACGGAUCCUCUGCCUUCUUUCUCCAAAGACAGGAUACGCAGUUACCCCUGGCCUUCUUUCUCCAGUGGCUCUGAUACACUAGUUUUCAUUUCUCAGCCUUUUCUUCCACUCCCCCCGCCGUAAGCCCAUCUCCCAGACAGGGACACUGCAGCUUCAGCAUCUCCUGAGGCCACAGGCAUCUCCCCUCCCGCCUCCCCUCCUCUGGCCCCCGCCUUGGCCUUUCCCCCAUCACUAAGUGAAGCCAGGGCCCUUCCCCGGGCAUGCAGGGACACACCAACACCUGUGCUGGGACGUAUAGGGACCUCCCUUCGCCCAGUCUCUCCCGUGGUGCCCUGGGCUGUGCCCUGGGGCUGCCUACCUGUGGGAAGCAUGUGCUGGUCACAUGGGGUCUCUGGGGGUCUGCGUGGGCCCCCUGGGGGUCAGCCUGUAGCCCUCCGCUUUUCCCUCCUGUCCUUCUGUUCAUCCACUCUAGUCACGUUCACCGAGCACCCACGGGGUGCCAGCACUGCCUUAGGUACCUGGGACCCGCUGUGAGAAGACAGGGCCCUCCGUUAAGGAGCUUGUCCUUCAACUGGGGAACUGCGAGGAGACAGACAACCGCCUGCCACGGCCUGCGCCUUGUGAGGGGCUCCUGCCCGGCUCCCUACAGUACCCCUCCAAUGUGCCCAUGGCCUCCUGGAUACCUCAUGCCCAGGCCAUCCCUAAUCCCUCCUCAGAGCAGGGGUGCGGGCAGAAACCUGGAGACGGGGCAGAGCCUCUUGCUACAGUCGGAGAAUCUGAUGGUUUCCAGUCUUUCAAGGUGUGAGCAGGUGGGCAGGCGGCCACGGCACCCCGAACCCCAGAGAGCAGAAGUGUAGCGGAAGCCUGGGGACGGGGCAGGGCCAGGAGGGUACAGGGAUACAGCCUCUCAGCCCCCGCCAUGGUGCUAUUCUGGAGCUGGGAGGACACCUCCUGGCUUGUCUCUCGCCAGCCCCCGGCCUCCGGAACGCUUCUGAUGUCCUCCCGCUGACAUUUCCUCCUUCCCCAGGGAACGGAAGAGGUGGCAUGCCUAAUUUAAAUGUGGGACUCUGAGGAAUUUUGUUAACUGGGGGUGUAUUUUGGGAAAAAUAAAUGGCUUUGUAGAAA